GCAUUGCCAAAAAGCGUGCUCCAAGGAGGAAGACAAGUUGCGAGGCGAGAUCGAGCAGCUAACUUGAAAGAAACAGGUUGCAGCUUUUUUUUUUUUUUUUUUUUUUUUUUUUUUUUUUUUUUUAAAAAAAAAGAAAAAAAGAGAUAACCGGGUUGAUGCUAGGGGAGCUGAUAAGAGCUAAAGAGCAGACCCCUGUUGAAGCUAGCCAGGAGGGAGAUGCAAAGCGAAAACGCCGAAAAGAGAUGGCGGAAGUCGAGAGAGUUGGACAAGAGGUGGAGGAUAUGAAGGGGUUUUUUUUUUUUCGCAAGGCUCUGGAGAAAAAGAACGAAGAGGUUAACGCUUUGAAGAAGGAGAAUUAUGGUUUGAAGAGAGAGUUUAGGGAGCUUAAAGAGGAGUCCGGUGUAGGAGUUCUGAAGCAGACGCAGAAGAGGUUAUCGAACGCGGUCACGUCGAGCAGCCCGCAAGAGCAACCUGCUGCAGCCAAGCAGAAGCCAGAUCCGAGCGCCACUACGACCAUGUACACUCCCAAGGACAUGGAGACCUUGCGGAGGCCGUACAAGAAUGCGGUGGAAGGCAAGUACGUUGCGUAGCAUGAACUUCAAGCCCAAACGCCUAAGGAACGACUGAUAAAGGUUUAGCGUUUCG